CGGAUAUUGCAGUUGAGAGGAGACAUCGACUCCGCAAUCGUUUACUUCAAUAAAUGCAUUGAAUCCCAGGAAGAAGUGAAACAAAUGCAUAACAUAUGCUAUUGGGAGCUACUCUGGUGUCACGCGGUGAAAUUUGAAUGGGAUUUGGCCGCUAAAUACGCUCAGAUACUGAAGGAUCAGUGCAAUUGGUCUGCGGCCACAUUCACGUACCAAAAGGCAACCUUUUUAUACAUGAAAAUGAUUGACGAAAACUUACCCGAAAUGCAUUCAGAAGUGUCCGAACUGUUCAGAGAAGUCCCAAAACUAAAGGUGCGAAUCGCCGGCAAAACAAUACCACCGGAAAAGUAUGUUUGCGUGAAUGCCGUCAAGUAUUUCACCCAAAACGAGUCGCUAGUAUUGCCG